AUGCCACCGUUCCAACUGCUCUGCACCGCCUCCGAGCCAUCUAAGCUAGAUGAGAAUGGAUCCUCUGCGAAGCAGAGUACGGAUGCCCUGAGCAGCAGGGGCCCGCCUCAGUACCCUAGGUGGAACCAUCCUGAUUUCCGCAAGUGGAAAGAUAGGGAAGUUGAGAUCCUUCUAGAUAUCAAGCCUAUCACUUUACUUGUAAAGGAGUUUCUUCACUCCAAGAGGUAUUGGACUGGGGAACGCCUAAGAGCUGAAGACGAGAAUGCUGUGGUAGAGAAGCUUCUUGCGUAUCAUCCAUAUUCAGAGGAUAAAAUUGGAUGUGGACUUGACUCUAUCGUGCGCCGCCGCUGCGUUUUUUCCUCUCGUGGCCGUCACCGCUUUUCCCUACGAAACGAACGCCAAGACUCAAUAUUUGUUGUUUUCUGA